AUUUUCUCCAAACGUGUUCCUUCCCACCACAGCGACAAAGGACUACAAGUUACUCCUUCCUCACCUGUUUCGCGAUAUCGUGCUUCACGUGCUCGAUAAAAUUCUCCAACGAACACUUUCACCACUAACGAGUACCAAUCUCGUGCUUCGUCCGCGCCUUUUUCAUAAUCCUUUUCAACUUGUGGAAUUUCCAGCUUGGACCGACCGCUUUUUGACACAAAUAUUGGAUUUGUACGUUAUGACUGUUUCAAUGGCGUUGAAUUCUGCUACUAUCCUCGGCUGGGUUGAUUCUGGGUAUAAGCGAGAAUCUGAAUUGGGGGCUAUUCGAGUCGGGAAUUUGGUCCGGAUUCGUAAAUGGGCGUGCUCCGGUGGGUUUUCGAAUCUAUCUGGUUCCCAACAGAAGCAGCCAGCCAUCGUAAUUGGGCGAGUCGCUGAUCAGAAAGAGGGUGAUGUUUCCAGGAAUAAGGAUUCGAGCUCUUUACCGAAACCACUAUCUGUGGCAGAUUUAUCUGCUGCUGCUGAUUGUAAUUCAAAGGUGCGGAUAUCAUUUAAGGGCAUAUUAGGCUCAUACAGUGAGGCUGCUGCACUCAAAGCCUAUCCUAAUUGUGAGACUGUGCCAUGUAAUGAGUUUGAGGAUGCAUUCAAGGCUGUUGAGUUAUGGCUGGCUGAUAAAGCAGUUCUUCCCAUUGAAAAUACUUCAGGUGGAAGCAUUCAUCGGAACUAUGACUUGCUUCUCCGUCAUAGGCUCCAUAUUGUGGGUGAGGUGCAGUUGGCUGUUAACUUCUGUCUUCUAGCUCUUCCAGGUGUCAGAAUAGAGCAGUUGAAACGUGUUAUAAGCCAUCCCCAGGCACUUGAGUUUAGUGAUAAAUUCCUCAGUAAGUUGGGGGUUGCCAGGGAAAAUGUUGAUGAUACAGCUGGUGCCGCUAUGAAUUUAGCCUCAAAUGGCUUGAGAGAUGCUGGUGUUGUGGCAAGUGCUCGAGCUGCAGAAAUUUAUGGGCUUAACAUACUUGCAGAGAAAAUUCAGGAUGACUUGGAUAAUGUCACUCGUUUUCUGGUGCUUGCUAGAGAUCCUAUAAUUCCAAGAACUAAUAAGCCAUUUCGAACAAGCAUUGUAUUUACUUUGGAGGAGGGCCCUGGAGUGUUGUUUAAAGCCUUGGCAGUGUUUGCAUUAAGGGAUAUAAAUUUGACCAAGAUUGAAAGUCGACCGCAGAGAAAACGGCCUCUGAGAGUGGUUGAUGACUCUAACACCGGCAGUGCGAAGUAUUUUGACUACCUUUUCUAUAUUGAUUUCGAGGCUUCUAUGGCUGAGCCCCGUGCACAAAAUGCCUUAGGACAUCUGCAGGAGUUUGCAACUUUUCUUCGUGUACUUGGUUGCUAUCCAAUGGAUACGACUUUAUAAUCAUCUCUCCUUCAGUCUUCCUGUAUCUAUCCUCAACCCUCAAACCCAUUCAAACGAACUGCAAGAGCGACACUAUUAUCUCCAGGCGGCACCUAGCAAUCUACCAAUUGCUUAUGUGAUAACUUGGGCUAAUCUGAAGCUGUGCAAGCGAUUGGAAGGAUUCUACAGUUAUAGUUCCAAGGAGGGGCAACUGUGUGUAAAUAUAAUCUCGUUAGUCUGUAGCAAUCGGUCAUCCAUGUGCAAAAAGAGGCGCCUAGAAUUGUAAGUUCUCCCUCUCCAUCUUCUCCCCAUGUCAGAUGACUCUUUAUAAAACCUGGGUGUAUCAGGCAACACUGUGCACAACUAGACUCGCGGAUCUUGUCAAAGCUUUUGCUUUCACUUGCACAAGGAUGUUUAUGAGGAAAUGGCAGUUCAGCACUGUUUGAGUCUUGGGUAUUGUUCGGAACAAAUCAAGAAUUUCUAUAAAAUUCAUUAGAAAAUUCACA